AUGCUUGCGAUGAUGCGCUCGGCUGUGGCUUCACGAGCCCCAGCGCCGGGCGAGCUGCUAAAAGUAUCCCGCCUCUUCCAAGGCCAGCGAGGCCAACAGCAUUCGAUGCCUUCUUCAGGGCUCACGCUGAAAAAAUCCAGCCUGCACGGCACUGGCGUGUUUACCACGCGAGCCUUUGUGGCCAGAGAAGUGCUUGAAGUGUGCCCUUGCCUGUUGGUUGCGAAGCCCUCCGUGUCGGCUUUCCAGCCCCGAGCCGCCGAUGACAUUGAACUGCUGGACUACUUGUUCGCAGACAGAGGAGGGCACGAGAGGCUCUUGCUGCCUAUGGGUUUCGGCUUGGCUUACAACCAUGGCGUGGACGAUGAUUGCAACGCCUCCUAUCGCGUGAAGCUGGACGACAAGCCUUACAUCCUCUUCCGUGCGCUGCGUGACAUGGCCGAAGAUGAGGAGGUGCUCAUUGACUACGGCGAGGAAGCCGGUCAUGAGCUUCAACGGUAUGAAAAGGGCAUGUGUCCCAUCAUAUCCCUUUCAUCAGAGAUGCGUGUAGACAACGUGAGAGCAGGUGUUCUACGCAUUUACUGUCGUUGCUUCCUGCUCUGUCCAUUAGUUCGAGGCCCCGGAGGCCCCGGAGCUGGUGCUUCCAAGUCCUCUGCCACAGUGAUCGCCAAGGACGAGCUCCAGCGUAAGGUGGAGCUACUGACGUCGAUGGGGUUCGCUGCAGAUGCCUCGGCUGCUGCUCUUGAGGCAGCUGCGGGAGACACGAAUGCAGCGGCAAACAGCCUCCUCGCUGACCGACUUGUGGAUUAA